CGAUGUCUGAUGCAAGCCGCAUGAUCGCUGCCAUCGACAACACUCCCAUCCAAACGACCUCCACUUUCUCCAACUCUUCCAAACUUUCACAAGCCCUUACACUGCACAAAACGACGCGAACGAUCAAGCCAACAUAUCACCCACCGUGGAAGCUUGUGCGCGUCAUUUCUGGACACCUUGGUUGGGUGCGCAGUGUUGCUGUUGAACCAGGAAACCAGUGGUUUGCGACGGGUGCAGGCGACCGAGUGAUCAAGAUAUGGGACUUGGCGUCCGGAGAGUUGAAGUUGUCGCUGACGGGUCACAUCUCGACUGUGCGAGGGCUUGCAGUCUCCUCACGACACCCAUACCUAUUCUCGUGUGGAGAGGAUAAGAUGGUCAAAUGCUGGGACUUGGAGGCGAACAAGGUCAUCCGGCACUACCAUGGUCACCUUUCAGGCGUUUACUCUCUUAGUCUACAUCCCACUCUUGACGUUCUCGUCACCGCUGGCCGAGAUGCAUCAGCGCGUGUAUGGGACAUGCGGACCAAGGCGCAGAUUCAUGUCUUGGCGGGACAUACAUCAACAGUCGCGGAUGUGAAGUGCCAGGAAUCAGAUCCGCAAGUCAUCACAGGCAGUAUGGACUCAACAGUCCGCUUGUGGGAUCUCGCGGCCGGAAAGACCCUGACUACCCUCACGCACCAUAAAAAAUCCGUACGCGCGCUCGCGAUCCAUCCUACGGAGUACUCUUUCGCGUCCGGCUCAGCGGGUGGCAACAAUAUCAAGAAGUGGAAGUGUCCGGAGGGCACUUUCACGUUCAACUUCAGUGGGCAUAAUGCUAUUAUCAACACACUCUCUGUCAAUGCGGAAGGCGUGUUCUUCUCCGGAGCGGAUAAUGGAACUCUCACACUCUGGGACUAUAAUACCGGGACAGCGUUCCAGAACAUGGACGAUAUUCCACAGCCAGGCUCGCUAGAAGCCGAGGCGGGCGUGUUCUGUUCGACUUUCGACAUGACCGGUACGCGGUUGAUUACAGGUGGCGCUGACAAGACAAUCAAGGUGUACGCUGAGCAGUCGCAGUAACUUUGACAUCUGUACUCUUUGGUGGAUGAGUGAUGCUUAUCCUGUCACACGUUCCAAUACGUAUCUUUAUUUGCUGACGAAUGCACAUUUCCUCUGGCGUUGCGACUGUUGUUGUUGCAGCACUUGGACGUGAAGAACGAUAGAUGCAAUUAUAUGACUUGAUUGAUUGGGCGCCAGCCAUCUGUCAUAUACUGGCCGUGGUCAGUGGCUCCCCUAGAUCUACACAUGACAAGACGGUUCGUAAAUCUAUGAGUUUGCAUAGUUGGUUUGAUACGUAUAUAAGAACGCCUCACUAGUACAGUGUUUGUUCCGAGCAAAUAACACGCUUGUCACACC